GCUUCCUGCCCGUGCGGGGCGGGCCCGCCGGGGCCGGGGCCUGCCCGCAGCCCCGCCCGGCCGGGCCGCGGGGCGGAGAGGAGAGCACGGGCCAUGGCGGGGCGAAACCCGGGCACCGAGCUGGAACUUGGCUGGAUCUCAAAAGUGCAUGUGAAUCGACCUGCAGUGGUGAGGCAUGCAGAACAAAUUAAAAAAUGGAAAACUCUGAAAGGUAAUUGGCAAGCAGCUUGGCUGCUGAAAGCUGUCACCUGCAUAGACCUCACCACCCUCUCGGGCGAUGACACUCCUUCAAACGUUCAAAGGCUGUGUUUUAAAGCAAAGCACCCUAUCAGAGAGGAUCUGCUCAAAGCCUUGGACAUGCACGAUAAAGGUAUCACUGUUGGAGCAGUUUGUGUGUAUCCCGCAAGAGUCUCUGAUGCUGUGAACACCCUCAAAGCUGCUCGUUGUAACAUACCAGUGGCUUCAGUGGCUGCUGGGUUUCCAUCUGGACAAACUCCUCUGGAGACCAAACUGGCUGAAAUAAGGCUGGCAGUGGAAUAUGGGGCCCGAGAGAUUGACAUUGUCAUUAGCAGGAGUCUGGUGCUGACUGGCCAGUGGGAAAGUCUGUACGAGGAGAUCCGCCUGUGCCGUGCAGCCUGUGGAGAAGCUCACAUGAAAACAAUCCUGGCUACAGGUGAACUGGGCUCCCUUGCCAACGUCUACAAAGCCAGUAUGAUAGCUAUGAUGGCAGGUUCUGAUUUCAUAAAGACAUCUACAGGAAAGGAGGUGGAAAAUGCGACCUUUCCCGUCGGCAUAGUCAUGAUGCGAGCCAUUAAGGAGUACUACUGGCAAACUGGCUACAAGGUUGGAUUUAAACCUGCAGGGGGCAUUAGGACAGCCAAGGAAGCCAUUACUUGGCUCAUGCUGGUGAAGGAGGAGCUGGGAGUGGAGUGGCUGACGCCAGAGCUCUUCCGCCUGGGUGCCAGUAGUUUACUGGGAGACAUUGAGCAACAGAUUUUCUACCAUGUGACUGGCUCUUACCCACUUCAGCAUGAACUGGCAAUGGCUUAGACAAAAAACCAACUCAGGAUUACUUUUACAAAAGAGGUCUUUAAGCAAACAGCAUUCAGAAUUCUUCUGACAACCAAGUGCAUAUGAUAGAAUUAAAGGCCUAAUUCUCCCUUCUUCAUAGCUCAUGGUAUUUAAAAAUAUGCUCAAGUCUGCUGGUUGUACUUGAUCCAAAAGCAGGAAAAAAGUGGCAUUUCUGAAAUAGUUAAAUAGUUAAUACAUACAGAUUUGCAAAGUUAAUCUUGCAAAGUUCCUCAGACCAGCCUGAAAAGCUUAUUAAUGGCAACACUGAAAUACUAUGAAAAAGAUUUAGGUGGCCUGGUAACACUUUGCAUUCUCAGAAUAUGAAAUAUGUAUGGAAUGCUUCAGAUUGCUAAUUAAGAGCUACUGAUCUUGGAACAGAUUUCCAUUCACCUCAGACAAAAUCUUCUGGCACAGAUGUGUUGCACUAUUAAUUCUUCUGUUGAUUCAGUCUCAGGCACUGUAAGGGGAAAGAAGAAUGAAACUUGGCUAUUAUUUCUCUUUUAUCAAAUGUCUUCUGUAGAAGAAGAAAAAAAAAAAGGCAACCUCUUUUUUAUUUUUUCUAUUUUCCCCCCCAAACUUGGGCACAGACAUCCAUAUUUAGACCCUUGAAUAAAAGUGACUUGAUUUCUAGAACAGCUGAGUAUCCACAGUUGCUCCUGAAGUUAAUGGGAGCUCUGGGUGAUCAGAACAACUGAAAAUCAAGCAGUCUCUAUAUAGGUGCCUAACUAUGCAUUCAGGGGCCUAUUUUUAGGCAUUUCACUCUUAAAAUUUUAGUCUAACUUGCUUAGAAGCUCCAAUUCCUGUCUCCUGUCAUUUUAAAACACAUUCAUGCAAAUCUUUCCAUUUUAAUGUAGGGGGGCUGACUGUCAGUUUGCAGGUGUCGCUGCUAGGCUGGCUGAACUUCAACUUUGCCAUUCCAAAAGAAAUACAUGAAUUUAAAAGAUGAUCUGAAUUGUGUCCUAUACGGGGCUUAAUGCUUUAAUAUUAUUAAAAAAAAAGUGCUUUUUUUUCAGAGCACAUUAAGAACAAUACCCAAAUCACCAACACCUUUUGAAUAUCAGACUGGAGCUGGUAGAUUCAUUUUAUCAGAACUGCAUUCUGCUCACUAACCAGAGUUGUACUAAAAACUUAAUUAUCUUAUCAUCAUGACUAGUCUCACUGACUUAAGUAGGUCUCAUCAUGGAAGUAAGAGGAGGAGGAGGAUUUUGCAGUAAAUCAAGCUACAAGAUGCAUUUAUUACAAAGAGAUUUAUUAGAAAGAUAAUAACUCUGUUAUUUAUCUGGCUAUACCACCUGAAUCACUGGAGUGCUACAAAAAAAAAAAAAACCUUGGACAGAUAGGAAAGCUGAUUAGGGGAAAAAAAAA